AUGAGCUUAAGUGCGGCAGAAGACGAUUCUGCAUCCGAAAUCCAUCUUCCUGCCGACGUAGACUGGGAAAUGCUCGACAAAUCCAAGUUCUUCUUCCUUGGCGCCGCCCUCUUCUCGGGUGUCUCCGGUACUCUUUACCCGAUCGUCGUCUUGAAAACCCGUCUCCAGGUAAUGUUACACAGCUCGUCCUGCCUCAAAAUGGCGUCCGCAAUUCUAAAAAACGAGGGCCCGAGGGGCUUUUACCGUGGCUUUGGGACCUCCCUUAUGGGGACCAUACCUGCUCGGGCACUCUACAUGGGUGCCCUCGAAGUCACCAAGAGUAAUGUGGGCAACAUAGCCAGUAGCCGACUGGGCCUUUCAGAAGCCUCGUCUUCCGCCAUAGCCAAUGCUGCGGCUGGCCUGUUCGCUUCCAUGGCCGCCCAGCUGGUGUGGACUCCGAUCGACGUUAUCAGCCAGAGGCUGAUGGUGCAGGGAGGCUCGGGACUGAAGAGGUACAAUGGCGGUAUAGAUGCGUUCAGGAAGAUUGUGAAUGUGGAUGGGAUUCGGGGUUUGUACCGUGGGUUCGGGAUUUCGAUUCUGACUUACGCACCUUCGAAUGCCGUCUGGUGGGCUUCAUAUUCAGUUGCGCAUAGGGUGAUUUGGGGCUCGAUCGGGUGUUCUUGGUGUAGGAAGACCGAGAAUAACGGUGGUGGUGGUUAUAGGCCGGAUGGGAAGGCUGUGGUGGCAGUGCAAGGGUUGAGUGCCGCCAUGGCCAGCGGGGCAUCGGUGCUUGUGACAAUGCCGCUUGACACGAUUAAGACGAGGCUGCAGGUUUUGGACAGAGGAGAAAAAAGAAGCCCGUGUGGGGGGAAAUCGAUGACUGUUAUGCAAACGGUGAGGGAUUUGGUGAGGGAAGGGGGUUUGGGGGCGUGUUACAGGGGACUCGGGCCGAGGUGGGCCUCGAUGUCAAUGUCGGCCACCACGAUGAUCACGACAUACGAGUUUCUCAAGCGGCUGUCGACCAAGAGUUAA